AUGACAAGCUAUCUACAUGCACUCGUCGACUAUGGGCUGCAAACAGCUCAACUCCUACAGGAGGGGCAGGUCGGGUGGAUGACCGUGAACCGCAAAACGGGAGAGCAUAUUCGCGAACAGCAGCCGCUCACCAAGAAGCUCAGGCUCCUCGCGCUUUUCAACCCGCUCACGGACUGGCUCGACCGCACGCACCUCAUGCGGUGGCACCUGCACGAGCAGGCCGUGCACGAGGGCGACACCGAGUCCUCGCCCAAGUCCAGGGCGCAGAUCCGCCAGUUCGUCGAGACGUACGGGAUCAACAUGGACGACUUCGAGCCCUCCGACAUCCACGCGUACCGCUCGUUCCAGGACUUCUUCAUCCGGCGCCACAAGCCCGGGUCAAGGCCGAUCGCGGCGGAGGGCGCCGACACCGUGGCGGUCAACGCGGCGGACGCGAGGGUGGUGUGCUUCGAGUCCGUAUCGGAGACGACGAGGCUGUGGAUCAAGGGGAAGGACUUCACCAUCGGCAACCUCAUCACCGACAAUGUCGCGGCGCGGAUAUGGGACGACGGCGCCGUCGCGAGCUACCGGCUCAGCCCCCAAGACUACCACCGCUACCAUUGUCCCGUCAGCGGCACCGUCCGGUGGUGGAAGCAGAUCGACGGCGACUACUACGGCGUCGACCCCGUCGCCCUGAGGAGCGCCGUCAACGUGCUCUGCCUGAACGCGCGCUGCGCCGUGUGCGUCGACUCGCCCGAAUUUGGCGCCGUCCUCUUCGUCGCGAUCGGCGCCCAGGAGGUCGGUACGGUCAAGUUCAACGAGUCGUUCAUGACAUCCGGGUCACAGGUGAAGAAAGGCGACGAGGUCGGCAUGUUUGAGUUCGGAGGCUCCGCGAUCGUGGUCUGCUUCGAGAAAGGCAGGAUACAGUUCGACCAGGACCUCCUGGAUGUUUCGAAGAGGGAAAUCAUGAUGGACGUGGAGGUCAAUACAUCGCUUGGGAAAGCGGUCUAA